AUGUCUGUCUUCGGGCCUGGCAACACCGCCGUCAUCACGGGCGGCGCCUCCGGCAUCGGCCUUGCCUUGGCCGCCAAGUGCCUGGCCAGCGGUAUGCGGGUUCUCGUGGCCGACAAGGACGCCGCGUCGCUGGCUGCUACGCCCAAGCAUGCAGCCCAGCUCGCCGAGACGCUGUACGGAGGCGCGUCGGCAUCUGGCUCGCUGACGACGCACACGCUGGACGUGUCCCAGCUCAAGGACUGGGCCGGGCUGCGGUCGGCCGUCGAGGACGCCAGCGGGCCGUUCCAGGGCCGCGUCAACCUGCUCGUGCUCAACGCGGGUGUCGGCGGCAGCACGCCGUGGACGGACGUCGCGGCGUUCCACAAGAUUUUGGACGUCAACCUCUGGGGCGUCAUCCACGGCAUUGCCACGCUGCUUCCGGUCGUGCAGGCCACGGCCGCCCGGGCCAACGUCGCGCCCACGGCCACGACGACCUCGAUUGUCAUCACGGGCUCCAAGCAGGGCAUUACCAACCCGCCCGGCACGAGCCCGGCCUACAACGCCUCCAAGGCCGCUGUUCGUGCGAUCGCCGAGCAGCUGGCAUACGACCUGUCCCGAGAGGACAGCAAGGCAAACCAGCCCAAGACGGGCGUGCACCUGCUCGUGCCUGGCUGGACAUUUACGGGCCUCAGUGGCAACGACCCAAUCAAGCAGCACGGCGACGACGCGGACAAGCGGCCGAAGAAGCCCGAGGGCGCGUGGUGGCCCGAGCAGGUGGUCGACUACCUGCUGGCGGCGAUGAAGGCCAACAAGUUCUACGUGAUCUGCCCAGACAACGAUGUGACGGAAGCCAUGGACAAGAAGCGCAUCCUGUGGUCGGCGGGCGACAUUACCGAAGGCCGCGAGCCGCUGUCUCGGUGGCGGCCCAGUUACAAGGACGCCGUGGAUGCGUGGAUGAAGAAGUGA